AUGUCGUUUGAAGGAGCACAAGGUGCUCCUUGUGCACGAGAAAGUCUUUCAAACUCUACCACUCUGGGUUUUCCGAAGAGCUCACAGCCCAAACUACACCCUACUGGUUCUACGGACAACGAUAUUACCGGAACCUCCAUUCUCCAGAGUCCAACAACGUGGCAAACGGAGGAUUUGUCGGCUGGUCUGGCGGCAGCGAUUCGAGUAUGCAUUGAGGAACACGUGCUUGGUCCCACGGAAUCCUACUCUGACAUCCAACCAUGCGUCACUCCUGACUCGGUGACGGAUAAACAUGCAAAUUUCUGUACCAACUCACAACCAACGUUUUCCCCAUCUUAUGAAGCCUGUACACUGCCGAGCAGAGGAAGACUGAAUUCCGAACCUCAAGCAAAUUUUUCGGAUGCUAAGACGCCAAUUGUGACAAGCUCUACUUUGGAUACUCGUGACAAUUUCGGUCACAAUCGAAGUCCUGUACGUAAGAGUUUGACUUCAACAGCUCCAGAUACAUUACUUCAGCUGACCCAGCGGUUGCAUCUCAUCAAGUCGCAAGUCAGAGACUAUGAACGAAAUUUCGAGGCAACAUGGGGCAGGAAACCUAACUUCAUGGAAAAGCGCGCGGAAUCUAGAGUUCGUAAACUGUUGGAUGAGCUGACUGAAAUUCGAACACAAAUCAAACAGGCCAGAAUAGUCACGGCAGAGACAGUGGAGGGCCCACAAUCACCCGCACAUGACGCGGUGGAGCAUGAGGUUGACCAUUUACGUCCAAUUCCAUCCACCCCUGACCCAACAGAUGAAGCACCUAUUCCGAGGUCUGACGUUCAAGUGAUCCAUGACAGUGGCAAAAAGCAUAGACAACUUAAUGGGACCAGUCAAAUGAAUGAUUGUCCAGCGCAGGGCUCAGCAACACUCAAAUGUCUACAAGGUGCCUCCUCGGUUUGGGAUCCUAAGUAUUGGUCAUCAGAGUACAAUACCACAACUACGGGGAUGUUGGCACACACUCUCCCUUCAUUAAGCAACGCUCCAUCCGCUGCGCAUUCAUACAAGGCUAGCAACCCGGCGAGGUCAUCGGAGGCAUCGUUGACGGAGACCUAUGAGCUUUUAAUUCACCGUCUGGCAGAAAAACGCGCUUCUGCUAGGAGACCAGAGGAUUUAACCUUGAUGAACCCCAAGCAAGUUUUUGUUCAGGCUCACCUUCUUCCUUUCCUUGAUUUAAUCCAGAUUGAAUCUGAAAAACUAGCAAUCCAGAAGGCUCUUCUGUACUUCGAAAGUCUGCAUGGAAGACCUCGAACUCGCGAGGAACGGCUAAUAAUGAGACCAAUCUACGAUCGGUAUAGAGCGGUAAAGAGGCUUUUAAGCGCGACGACACAAGAUGAGAGACCUUUGACGGCCAAUCCUCCGACAGAAGGUCAAAUCAGCGGCAGUGAUACUCGUGCCACAGAUUUAGACUCGGAAUUUUGCAGUCGUGGGACUCAUAUUAUCUCAUCAGAGCUGGACGAAGUAGAGAGUAUUACGCGAACUUCGUUCCGCAGACCUACUAGCGCUCACCCCCAUCUACACAUGGAUACACGCACCUGCCUGUUGACUCAACCGCCACACAGAGUUGGUACUGCGUCAACAUAUUCUAUGAAUCGUCGUAAAAGUCAACCCGGUAUCAACAGUGGUGAUGAUGAGAGCCCCUCUCUACUUAGACAAAGUCAGCAACAGUUCACUUGGAACACACGAGUAUCUACGAUUCCGAGACCGGUCCAAUUGGCAGAAGAGGUUGAACUUCAAUUACCGCCUCCAGAUUCUACGGGAAGAAACGAGUGGUGUAAGUUUAACGAAAAGCGACUUACAUUUUAUCAGUACUUUGUGGAAUCGAGCACAUGUGUACCGUCCGCCACCGUUACGUCUGAGGAGAAUAUCAGACCAUCUCCGUCUCGAGAAUUCCCUUCGUCCACUCCUUUACUUCGAACAACCAGUGUGUCAACAUCCACCCGAGCCAAAGACGAACUGAACGGUCUUGUGUCGGACAAACCGGAUGUGAGAUUUGCUCGGAGCGAACCACCGCUCAUGAACCAACAAAAGUCAUCUCACGACAUUCGAGCUGUAUCCUCACCGUCAGAAUUUAUUUCUACAAUUACCGCAUCCGAGUGGACUUUAAUUCAGCUCCAGGACGAAUUGCAGUCCGUUCAAGAUUCAAAACGUCAUCUUCAGAAGAUUCUCAAAGAUUUUGAACACGAGUUUAUGCAGGCUACUGGUCAUAAAGUUGAACGGAAUGAUCGCCUCUGUAUGCGUGCCGAAUACGCCCAAUACAAGGUGUUGAAAACUCGUCUUCAUCAGCUAGAGACAGAGCUGGAAUCUCGAACCGGAUGAAGGACCGUUUUAUGCUCCAGUCCAACAGAUUUUCCAAUAUGAUACUCCUUUGCCCAUCCAGAAACUUCCCCGUGAUUCACCAUUUUUUCGUAUGUAUCUUAUGGGAAUCCUUUCGGAUCGCCAUAUACACUGGAUAUAGUCCUGGUUAGCGCAGACAAGAGCUUCAACCUCUUGUUUCCCAUUGCAUCUGCUCCAAGCAGAAACUACUUCAUUUUGUCCAACUUUUCUGCCUUGCCCGGUCAAAAGUAUCACGAUUAUCCUCCAUACCACUGCAUAUCUUACUCGAUCCUUAUCUCUUAUUAUGUAUCAGUACAAUCGAACAGCAGUCGAACGGUUUCCAUCUCAUCUUCUCUCGGUCAGCCAUGUAUAUCUGACUUCAUUUGGUCAUUCCGGCCAUAACUUUUCCAACAUUUCGAGACUGCUUCACUGCCCCUUGCACAAUCACACACAUCUGAACAGAACAUGUAUCCUAUGCUAACUUGGUACCACACUUUUAUCAGUCAUCGCAAUGACCUGAUUAAAAAGCGAACAGAUACGGU